UGUAUUAGAGAUGAAGAGAGGCUCCUCCAUCGUUACGCAGCCUCCAACUCCGCGCAGCGCACGACCGCCGGCUCUGCGCGCUCCCUGCCGCAGCUCCCACGGGCUGCACUGUGGAGAAGCGGACCCUACACCCUAAAGCCAAAUUUAUUUAUUUAUUUAUUUUUUAAGUCCUUCCCUCUUUCUCGCCUCUCUCUCUCUCCUUCACACGGUUUUCAUCCUCUACCUCAUUGCAGUCUUAUCACGUCCCCCCCACCAUCCCCAACCCUCCCUCAUCCUCCUCAUCCGCCUCGGCCGCUACAGGAGAGGAGAGAGAGACAGAGAGAGAAGAGUGCGGCUGGACCUUUACGACAUGUCGACAGUCAGCCACUAAAGUGUUCCUUUUGCAGGCGGACAGAGUGAGUAGUUCCUGCAUCCGAGCUGUGCCGAUCAUCGCUGCGUGGAUCUGUUGGGGGGGAGAAAGAGAGAGAGGGGGAGACAAUGAGGAAUGCAACUGGAUUGCGUUACUCUGCCAAGGAUUUCCAUACCUAGCCUGUGAGAUAAAGGCCCUGAUGCCGCGUCGUAGCCCCAGGCUGCUGAGCUGAAAGGGAGAAGCAGUAGGAUGCAGUGGGUCACUCUGGCGGUGGCCCUGGGGUGUGUGUGCCUGUCCCAGGCGUCGCACGGCCCCACCCCUACCCCCACCUCCACUCACACCCCUCUGGUGGACAACUCUGAGGAGGAAGUGGACGAGCCGUGUUUCGAGCCGUGCACAUGCGAAGUCAAAGAGGGCGUGCUGCACGUGCACUGUGAUGGGCGGGGCUUCACCAAUGCCAGCCAGGUGUCACAGUCAUGGAUCCGCCCUUUCAAACUCAACCUCCAGAGGAACUCUUUCAGACGUCUCUAUAGCAACGGGUUUCAGCACCUUGGCAACGCAGUCUCGAUGAACCUUGGCAACAAUGGACUUCAGGAUAUCCGAGUGGGGGCUUUUAACGGGUUAGCCAAACUGAGGCGCCUGUACCUCCAUGAGAACAAGCUGGAGGUCUUCAGAAAUGACACGUUCGCUGGCCUAGAGGCUCUGGAAUACCUCCAGGCCGACUACAAUGUGAUCAAACGAAUCGACAGCGGCGCUCUAAGGUUUCUCUACAAGCUUCGGGUUCUCAUACUGAAUGAUAAUCUGAUUCCCAUCCUGCCUGCUCAUCUGUUCAGAUCUGUGUCUCUGACUCAUCUGGACCUGCGGGGAAAUCGUCUGAAGAGCUUGGCAUAUGCUGGGACGCUGGAGUACAUUGGCCGAUCCCUGAUGGAGCUACAGCUGGAGGAGAAUCCCUGGAACUGUAGCUGCGAGGCAGUGCAGCUACUGCAGUGGUUGGGUCAGAUCCCCUACACGGCUGUAGUCGGGGAUGUUACCUGUGAAUACCCGUUUCAUCUGCAUGGAAAGGACCUGAGGGAAAUCCCCCGCAAAGAGCUGUGUGCUGACCUGCCGGAUAAAGAGCUGCAAGGAGAGAGAGGCACUCCAUCAGAGGGAUCCCAGCCCCAGCCUCUGCCCCCAAACUCUAAACACAACUCCCAUGCGGGGAGGGUCAGGCCGACAAAGCCAUCAUCUAUGGUGCAUGGCUCCCGACAGAGCACUCACACGUCCUCCACUUCAUCAUCCUCUUCUUCAUCAGAGCGUAAGGAAAGAGAGAGGCAGCCACGGCCGACUAAAAGGCCUCGGCCCUCCAGGGUUCCCCCUACAGCUCGCAGUUUGAUGCCUAACCAGAACCCCCCUAUUGCAGGCUACCAAACACGACCCCCCAUACCCAUCAUCUGCCCCAUCCGUUGCACCUGCAACCUUCACAUCGCAGAUCUGGGUCUAACACUGAACUGCAAAGAGAGCGGAUUCCGUAACAUGUCUGAGCUCAUACCUCGGCCCCUCAAUGGCCGGAAGCUCUUCCUUGGGGGGAACUUAAUCCAAAAGCUCUAUCGUAUGGACUUCUGGAACUUCUCCAGCCUUGACCUGCUUAACCUUGGAAACAACCGCAUCAGUUACCUCCAGGAGGGGGCCUUCUCCACUCUAAUGAACCUGAGGACCCUCUUCCUGAAUGGAAAUAACUUGGAUCGGUUGAGUCCCCACAUGUUCCUAGGCCUGCAGAGCCUAAGGUUCCUUUACCUGGAGUACAACUACAUCCGUGUUGUAGAUCCCGGCACCUUUGACUCUAUGCCAUCCCUGCAGUUGUUGUUUCUCAACUCCAACAUCUUGCGGAGCCUCCCUGUUGGCGUGUUCUCCGGAGUCAAUCUGUCCCGUCUUAACCUGAGAAACAAUUUCUUCCAGCAUCUUCCCAUGGAGGGUGUGCUGGAACACCUCAGAGGAUUGGUUCAGGUGGAUCUGCAGCAAAACCCAUGGGAGUGCAACUGUGAAGCAGCUCCGCUGAAGCGUUGGCUCGAGGGGCUCAGUACGGUGAUUUUUAUGGGGGAGGCGGUCUGUCACUCGCCUGAGAAGACCAAAGGCGUAGACCUACGCUCCCUCUCCAUGGAGCUACUAUGUCCUGAGCUGGAGCCCCAGGAGGAACGGGAGCAAGAGGAGCAGACAGCAAACUCCACAGAUGCGGGAGGAGGUGCAUCGGUUGGCUACCCUACCCCCGGGCUGGGACCCCUCAGCCCUCCAUGGAUAGAUUCAAUCCCUUUGUCAGUGUUGGUGCUCAGCCUGCUGGUGCUGUUUGUCUCUGCCUUCUUUGCAGCAGCAGCACUAAUCGCCUACGCCCUGAGGAUUAGGGAAAAGCUGCCGUUCCGUCGCCAGGGAGAGGUAGAUUUGGCUGGUAUCCAGAUGGAGUGUGGAAUCUUCACCGAGCAGACACAUCACCACCACCACCUUCACCAUGGCCUCCCAGAAAAGCCCCCUUUACCUCUGCCGGAACACAACCAUGUCUAUGACACCAUCUUGCCCCGAGAGGCUGCGGCUAAAGGAGUCGACCCUGCUGCUGCCUCGCACAUGUGUAGCAACCCGCUGUUCAAAGACCAACAGGAUGCAGAGGUGAACCAUCAAAUUCAGCAGCAGCAACAGACAUUUCCAUCUUCAACAGACUGCAAAGGGGGAUACUGCCCCACACCAGAGAAGGAGAAGGACUGGGCCCUAGAGGUGUCCUCAUCCCCCAUUAACACCAUCACAGGAGCAAUGGGAGCGCUCGCCGGACUCCACGGGAACGGCAUUUUGUGUCCCACAGUCAUCGACAGCCAAGGCCCCACUCCUAAGGUGGAGCUCGUAGACUGCCUCUUCCGACUCCCAACCCCUGAAUUCAGAGAUCUGCCUGACAGGUACGGGAGGCCUCCACCCCGUUACCCCCACACCCAAGACUCCAAGCAAGAAGUGAGACCUGAGCAAACGCUUGUGGUCACCACUCCCGGCUCCUCAGCAGGAGGUGGCCACGGCAGCCAGAGUGAGCAGGGAGAUGGAGAGCAGAGACCCAGACUGAGGACAACGCCAGACUACAUGGAGGUUCUGGACCGCUCUUAUCAGUUUUAAAACUCCUCCUCCCUUUAACACUCUCCUUCCAAAUACCAUUUUUCUCUAGUCUCCUCGUCAUCUCUCUAUCUUUCUGCUGAUGAAUCACCCAGUAACCCUGACUCUUGUACAGAGGUCGGUUUUCAGAGAAGCCUGUGGGAGAGUUGGAUACACUACAAACCAUGUUUAUUCCUGGACUUGAGAUCCGUUUUUGUAUUUUUCACCAGUACUGGCACAUAGGUUAGUAUUUGGCAAGGAUUAGCUGAACCAGGAUCUCUGCCUGGGGGCCACACUUCAGCUGCAUACAACAGCAUUUUAUUUUUUUCUCCACAAUCAUACUAAACAUGUAACGGCUCAGUUUCUCCACCAAAAUGCCACAAUUAGCAGAAUGCAGCACGGCUGUAGGCGCUGACGUUCACUUUAUCACUCUCGAAGGACCUGUACGGAUAAAAAACAAAAAAACAAAAAUGUGUUUAACAACAUCAAACACAAGAGUCGUGAACCAGGACAGCCUAAAGGCGUGGAGCGAGUUGGGUUUGCACGUGGAGAUAGAGAAAUGGCCAAGAAAACCCAAGAAGAAUGAAAAUAGCCAAGUGCCUUAGCAAUGAACAGCCAGCAGUAUGGUCGAUGCUUAUUUUUCUAUAAAUACAGAUCUAUUUAUCUAAACAAAGAGGUUUGACUAACAAUGGGCGGGACGCUGAUGGACAACUGAGACUAACUGAAAACCUGAAGAGUAAUUGCAUUCCCUGGAUGAGCCAAAAAUAAGUCCCUACCCAGUCAAUAUUGGAGUCGUUUGUUUGCAGUUCUGUUCAUUUUCUUCAUCUCAUUCAGUUAAACUUAGUUUGCUUAUCUGGAAUUCCUUACAGGGCUAUGAUGGCAACUAAUUUGGAAUUGUCUUCUGCAGAGUGAAAUUUUGGAUGUGGAGGACCUUAUUAUUGUUAUUAUCAUUUUAAUGGAAAACAAAUCCAAGGAAGGCAGAACCACAGAAGGACAUUGAGCCAAUGGAUGCAUUUUGGAUUUCUUUAUCUGUCAGACUUAACGGGGCCACAAGGACCUCUGUAUCAUGUUUUAUUUCAUCCGACUAAGGCGCAGAGGUUAUUGUAUUGUUUUGUUUCUUUAAAGUAUUUCUCAGAGGAAAAAUUGAACAACAAAGACAAAGGACAAAAAAAAACGAGGGGUGUGCUGAGACAUUUUUUUUUUUUGCGGUUACAAAAAAAAGACACUUCUAUCAACUACUGGUUAAUAUCUUUUAUGGAGAUACUUUUUAUGCUUUCAGUCUCCAAACAAUAGUAGAGGCAGUUGUGAAUAUAUUUAUUCUUAGUUUUUGCGUGUUGAAGCUCUCCUGCAAGGGAUCAUGUUAUAUUAAUGUAUAGGAUGAUUCUGCAUCUGGUUCAGCCUUCUUACCGUCGACCCACCAAGUACAAUAAAGGGUGCUACAUAAAAAAA